AACGCGGAGCCGGAGUUUGUCGAUGCGGCUCGCGCGAUCCUUCGUCUUCGUCUUUCUUUACUCGCUUCGCAAUUGAAUCGCCUCCCCCCCCCCCCUCUCUCCUCAUACUUUACGAAAGCUCCAAGCGAAGGCGAACGACGACGACUACGGCGGGACAAAAGGAACCACCUACUGCACAUCCCCAUCAGGAUGGCGUGCGUGGUGGCUGCCCCGGUGCUGGAAUCGAUCAGGGACUUCCCAGCUUGGCUGGAGGCGCAAGGCGUGAACGAGGAGAUGGCCCAGGCCAUGGACUCGGAGCUGGGCAUCCGGGACUACGGGGUCCUGCGCGCCUGCGUCGGGGACGGCCUCGUGCGGGCCGAGCUGUUGGCCACGGCGCGCGACCGUCUGCCCUUUGGCUUCUACGCCGUGCUGCGGCAGGUGGUGAAGGCCGUGCAGGGCGCUGAGCCCCACGAAGCUGUGACGCCACAUUGGGACGCUUGUGCUGCUGCUACCGCCACCAUUGCUACCUCCUCUGCCGGCGACGUGACGCUGGGAGGCCUGGUGGAUGUGCUGCUCGCGUUGUUCAGCGGGUUGAGCCGGGAGUUGUUGGUUUGUGUGAAGAAACUGGGUGCUGUGGACAGUGGGAAUAUUACAGUGACUUCCCAUUCAGCCACAGAUGAUACUAGCCCUAACAACAUGAUGGAUGACGUGGAUCACCACGUGGAAUAUGAAGAGGCGGAGGAGACCAACAUCCAAGAUGUGGAGGAUUCCAGUCUCAACUUAACAAUGAAGGAAGUAAAAAAUGAACCUUAUGGAGACAAUGAGACGGAGACUCAAUAUCCAGAAGCGGGCGACUUUAUUCACAGUCACUUGGUGUCCGACUUAAAGAGAGAAAAGAUCGGAGAUGAACCCUUCCUCGGAGCCCACGCGGGGAUUUCCGUCCAGCAUUUGGCCUCUGUGCAGGGUGAUGCUGACGUUUCUGCCAUAUCGCCGGGCAUCAAUCACACACACCAUCCUCUCGCCGAGGUCGCUGGCAUCCAUAACUCGGUGCCAGAUGUCCCAUCGAACGCCGGGCACGGGCCAUCCGCUGCAGGGCCACCUGCCCCUGGACGGAUGCCAUUCAUCUGCAGGCUGUGCGGCCGCAACUACGCGCGUGCCAGCAUCCUCCGCCACCACCGCUGCCCACGCUGGCGGCAUCGACUUGGUGACGCGCGGCUGGAGCGACCUGCCGCGGUGCUACCACCGCAGACGCAGACAGACCUGCGCGGGCACGCCAAAGACAAGCCGUUCUCGUGCGACGCGUGCGGCAAGCGCUUCUCGAGCAACUCGAACUUGUGCAGCCACAGGCGCGUGCACACAGGCGAGAAGCCGUACCGCUGCCCGGUGUGCGACAAGUCGUUCUCGCAGAGCGGCACGCUGAAGAACCACAUGAACACGCACAUGGGCGAGAAGCCACACCGCUGCGACGUGUGCGACAAGCGCUUCACGCGCGUCUCCAAUCUCAACGUGCAUCGGCGCGUGCACACGGGCGAGAGGCCGUACCGCUGCAUGACGUGCGGGGAGGGCUUCUCGCAGGGCUCCAAGCUGAAGGCGCACAUGCUGACACACGGCACGGUGGGGUCGUCGGGGUCGGGAUCGGGGUCAGAGAGUGGAGUGGGUGCUGAGACUUGUGAGGCCAGGGCACCUUGCAGCGCUUCAGCGUGAACAGCAUGGGCUGUGUUGGGAAGACUCACACUUGAAGAUGCGUGAAUGAGUGCUGAGGGAGCCCAAGGUCUCUAGAAACGUAACAAUUAGAGAACUAUUAAACCAUCUAACCUAUAAAUGUCAUUGUUUGUCUGUGUGUCUGUCUGUGCGGCUGAAACUUGCGAAGGAUUAGGCUUGCAAACCGUGGGGUUUAGGUUAAAAAAAAAAUAGCCAGGUACCACGCCAUAAGCCCCCCCCCCCUGGUAAGCAAGCGCUAUUCCGUUUUCCCAUCCGUCAACUUUAAAGUAGUUUAAUUAGUGAUUUAGUGCUGUUUUCGUUUAAUUAUUUAUUACACAGAGCGCGCUCGACCAUACCAACUCGCACACCUUCGGUGGGGGGGACGGCCCCUACCAAGUCAGGCGUUUGGUGGGGGUGAGGGGGACAUUUUCUUUUGUGUUAAAAAUGCAAUAAAAAUACACAACGCUGAGGUAAAUUCCUCACUGUGAUGUCCUCUUCUCUCCCCCCCGAUGCGUGCAGUUACAACAAUACAGUCAUUAGAUGCUACCACUAUAGGCCGUAGAUAUUACUGCAGUGGGUGGGGGGAUCGUGGCUGGGGGGGGGGGGGGGUAGCAGCCGUCCUCAGGUGAAGAAUAGACGCUGUCUUUCCGACUGCCCUGUUCUUCACCUGAGGACGGCUGCUUGCGUUGUGGCCGAAACGUCGUGAGAAUUGUAUUUUAUUAUGUUUAUUUUUAUUAUUUCCCUUCUACGUGACUUUACCGAAAGAACCAAGAAGAUGAAUCCCUGCAGUCACGAAAGCUUUAAAUCGAAAAGCACUCGAAUCAUUAUUUUUGACCAAAAAUAUUACUUAAUUUCGCGUGACAUGAUCGCACGAAACUUGACGCGUUGUAUGAGGUUAUGUCAUACAGAUUUGACCAAAACUUUUUGUGAAAUAAAUACUUUUAAGAGGACAAACGCAAAGCGUUGCACAACCCACGCAAAUGCAUGUUUUCUCUUGUCCAUAUGUAUAAAAAAAAGUCUUAACUUGCAAAAAUAGAGUUCCAUUUUGUUUCAUUAGGAUCUUAUUUACCAAUCCCUUCCAGCGGGCAUACGU